AGACGAACCAUUGCGACAACGACCCAUUGCCCGUUCCAGAUUGCACCUUACCGCCGCCACCAUCACCAAAUAAAUCAUUCUAUCAUCUGAACAUAUCUCCCUAGCGCGCCGCAGAAAUGGGCAAGCGAUCGUAUGAAGAGGCCGAGGGGUCGAACGCCGAUGGCCAGGAGCAAAACCAGGCCCAGAAAAGAAACAGAAACCCGCACAACAGGUUCAACCCCAAGAACAUUGCAAAGCGCCAGAAGACCACCCAGAAGAUCAACGAUGGCAACCUUAGUCAGAUCAAGAAGCGUGUCAGAGCAAUUGAGCGCCUUCUCGAACACAAGAACGAAAAGCUGCCUGCCAAUGUCAGGAACGACCUCGAGCGCGAACUGCAAGCCCACAAGCAGAGGAUUGUCGACGAGAGUGACAGGAAGUUGAGAAGCAAGAUGAUCAGCAAGUAUCAUAUGGUCAGGUUCUUUGAGCGCAAGAAGGCCAUGCGCCUCGCAAAGCAGCUGAUGAAGCAACUCGACGAAACCAAAGACGAAGCCGAGAUCGCCAGGCUAAAAGCCGACCUCCACAUUGCCGAGGUCGACCUCGAUUAUGCUCUCUACCACCCUCACAUGGAGACCUACAUCAGCUUGUAUCCCAAGCCCAAGGACGAAGCCGCAGAGAAGGACGAGAAGAGUUCAGCCGCACACCACCUUCACUCCUCAAGACCCCCAAUGUGGACCACCAUCGAAAAGGCCCGCCAAGAGGGUAAGAGUGCUCUGGAGAAGAUUCGCGACAGGCGACCGGAACGCGACUUUUCGAAACCCACUUCCAAAAAGACAGCCAAGAAGUCUUCGUCACAGAGCGAGGAGCGCCCAGCCAAGGGCAAAUUCGGCAAGACGGAGGAGGAGAGCGCGAACGAGAGCGACGACGGGGGCUUUUUCGAGGAGGACUAGGAUACAAUCAAUACCUGGCCUGCGAAGGCUGGGCUAACUUAUGAUACCCAUUUACGAUUACCACAAACAUGCAUUCAGCUCAACAGGUCCCUGCACGAGUUCGUUCCGAUCAGUUACACAACCCAGGAUUAGCUUCAAGUGGCUGACAACCCUUGCUUCUCUCCAAACCCGAACUUCACCACCAUAUCAAGUAUUGUGUCGGUCUCCGAGAAACUCGCCGAUAGAAAGUCCGACAACUUGCCGCGCUACUGUUGUGUUCUGCAGAGGGUAUAUACUAGUGUUUGAUGUAAAGAAUUCUUGAGCCUUCCGAGUUUCCCCCCUUCUAUUCCCUAUAAGACUGAUUCAGCCCGUGUGCUCUACUGCC